AUGAGCCCAAAAACUCCUGUUGUUGGCCUCCUCGGGGGCGGGCAGCUAGGGAGAAUGCUUUGCGAGAGCGGGGCCCCUCUUGAUGCUCAGAUUGCCGUUCUCGACGCCGAAAAUUGCCCGGCCAAGCAAAUCAACAACAAUCGCCAUCAUGUCACCGGUUCAUUCAAAGAUCCUGUCAAGAUCAAAGAACUCGCUGCCAACUGCGACAUUCUCACGGUUGAGAUUGAGCACAUUGAGACUGAGGUUCUCGAGGAAAUUGACACCAAUGGCGUACAAGUUCGCAACGCUGAUGGGACCACGACAAACAAAAAGGUCGCCAUUCACCCCUCCUGGAGGACUCUUCGUCUUGUUCAGAACAAGUACGAACAAAAGGAGUAUUUAAAAAACCAAGGAAUCCCAAUCGCUGAACAAAUGGCAAUUGAAUCUGGCGACGCCAUGCUUGCUUCGAUGGGGGAAGCCUCCGAAAAGUUUGGCUUUCCCUGGAUGCUGAAAGCCCGAAAGGACUCCUAUGACGGCAGGGGAAACUUCAAAAUCUCCAACCAAAAAGAUCUAGAGCAGGCAGUCAAGGAAUUCGGCAAUUUAUCAUGUUAUGCCGAGAAAUGGGUCCCAUUUGAGCUGGAACUAGCCGUCAUGGUCAUCCGAACAGAAGAUGAUAGCGGCAAGAUGAAGCGUGUUGUUCCUUAUCCUGUUGUCGAGACGGUCCACGAGGAUAACAUCUGUUCAAAGGUCUUCAUGCCCCCGCGAAAUGUAUCCGAGAAUGUGUGCAAAAAGGCGCAAAAGGUUGCGACAUCUGUGGUCGAGAAGCUUUGGGGCAGAGGUGUCUUUGCCGUCGAGAUGUUUUUGACAAAGGAAGGUGAUAUAAUCUUCAACGAGUGUGCCCCUCGACCCCAUAAUAGCGGCCAUGCCUCCAUCGAGUCUGUCCCGUACAUGUCCCAGUUCAAGGCUCAGCUGACUGCCAUCCUCGAUGAGCCCCUUCCCGAAGUUUUAGAACCACACGUCUCGUCCAGCAUUAUGAUCAAUAUUCUGGGCGGCGCUGACCCAGACUCUCACCUGCCUCUUGUCGAGAAAGCCAAGUCCAUGUAUGGCAGCAGGACAGCCGUCUAUGUGCACCUCUACGGCAAAGAGUCCAAGCCCAGCCGCAAGAUUGGACACAUUACGGUCACUGGUUUCGGUUCAAUUAAGGAUUUGGAGGCGUUUGCUCAGCCAUUGCUCAAAAUGGUAGACGCCAUUCGCCAGGAACGACUUCAGGCAUCAAGCAAAGCAUUACGUGUUCAAGCUGCUCCUACCCCGGGCAACCCAAAGGUAGCCAAGGGAAAUCCUCUUGUCUUGGUGACCAUGGGCUCAGAUUCCGACCUUCCCGUGCUCAAGGCUGGUAUAGACAUCCUAAAUCAGUUUGGCGUUCCCUGGGAAGUUGAUAUUACCUCCGCACACCGAACGCCUGCCAAGAUGGCGCAGGUUGCCAUCGAUGCGGCAGAUCGCGGGAUUAAGGUGAUCAUCGCAGCGGCUGGCGGUGCAGCUCAUUUACCCGGCAUGUUGGCAGCGUACACACCUCUGCCUGUCAUUGGUGUGCCAGUCAAGGCUACGCACCUGGAUGGAUUGGACUCCCUUCUCAGCAUUGUCCAGAUGCCGCGCGGUGUGCCCACUGCAACCGUGGCAAUCAACAAUUCCACUAAUGCUGCCUUGCUCGCCAUCCGAUUUCUUGGCGCCUUUAUCCCAGAUCUACUGGAAAAGAUGAAGAAGUACCAGCUGGAGAUGGAGCAUCAGGUCAAAGACAAGGCCACCACGUUGAGGGAUAUUGAUGUGGAUGCAUAUCUGGCAAAGAUGGGCAAAAAAUAA